UUAGAUUUGAUGGGGCAGUGUGAUGGCGAUUGCAUUGUCCGUAAUGCACGAACACGUCUCAUAAAAGUCAUGAUGUUUUUGUUUGGUUAGAAAGCACAAUCGUCGCGGAACGAACGAGUGACACCUUUCCGGGAAUGUCCGGUCCAUUUAAAAAUCAUUCCUGCCUCCUUCGCCCUGCAAGUGUAUACUCGUCAGACGUCAUGAAACGUUAUCAGAAGCGUCCACUUAAUUUGAGGGCUGAGCGGACAGGGGGUGUCGUUUAAGUGUUUGGAAUGCAACCCUAAAGCAAAUACAUUUGUACGAAGCUGAAUCAGGAAAUGAAUGUCCACUCUUCAUUGCAGAUCCCGCCUUCAUUCUUGUUUGAUAAUUUUUCUCGAAAUCUAAAAGCACAAUAUAGAUUUAAGCUAGUGUCUUAAGUAGCUGAACAUGUUAUUACUCCAACCAAGUGAAAGAGAGAAAUUACGUUUUCAUUUUCAUCAAAAACAAAUGCAUUUGAGUUGACGGCUUGCGCAGUUCGGUGCGAGACAACCGUUAACCCGAAGACAUGUCUCUACCCAUGAGUUCAGCCAGACACCGUGUCAACUGGUUUUCUAUUGGAGAAGCAGCUUCUGCCUGUCUUGAUACUGUCCUUUCAUUGCCUUUGUUUUAUAGAGGAGACGGUAUGCUAUUCUGCCAAAAUGAGAAGUACCAGUACGGCGCUCCGGACAGCACUGGUUACAGGUUGACUAGACAGAUCUAACACAGUGUUGCCGACUCCUCAGUAUGGAAAGUAGCUAUUGGCGGUUCGUUUUUUAAUUUAUUUUUAUUUGUCGCUAGAGGGGUCUGAAUACUCGCUAAGUUGACAACACUGCGAUUCUAGAAUCAGCUUUAUCCAUCUCGAUAGACUAGACUGCCCAGAAGCUCACCGCCCGGAAGCUCAUCACCCGGACCGGAAGCUCACCGCCCGGAAGCUCAUCACCCGGACCGGAAGCUCACCGCCCGUCCACUGUGGACAUGUUGCCGUGGUAACGCCGGUGACUAAAACAUGUCUGCAAAAGUGAAACAAAGCAACAAGUCAGCGGAUAAAAAUACAAACGAUAGAAAUGACGUUGCGUCCAAAGAAAAUGAUGCUGAAAAAGCCAACCCUCAAUGGAAACUUAUUUCCCAUGAACAAAUCAACACGCUGUUGGAUUUGACAGUGGAACAAGUGCAAUUCCAGUUUGAAGAAAUACUUGGUUUGAAGAACUACCAGACGUGUCUGAAGGAGGCUUCCCUGUUGGACUACUUUGUCUCUGGCUUCUGGUGGACCAGGGAGAUGAACUACACCUGUCAACAGAUCUCAUUCAUCAUGGCUCUACUGCAAUUGUUACUGGACAAUAUCAGUGAGAAGCAGAUGCCGUUUGUUGAUAACCUGAAUGAGUUUGCCAAGAUGAUAUCAGGAACGCGCCAGUCUCCUUCUCCAGAGGUUGACUCACUGUUUGAUGCUGAGCAGGCCAUGUCCAUCACUGACUACCUGAAGUGCAGUCUCUUUCAGAACUACCAACUCUAUGAGUUUCUCUUCAGCCAACCUAGAGAGGAGCUGCUCCUUGGGAAGAAGAGGACCAUAGAGGUGAUCAGCUCAGCAGACUUUGUAGCCCCGUUGGAAGAAGGCAUGAAUACUGAUGACUACCUCCAUUACAUGACUCCUGUUGAACAGCAGGAAGAGGGACAGAGGACCAGCCAGGAGGAGGAUGGAGAGGUACCAGGUGAAACAGCUCUGGAGCAGGAGCAGGAGAACAAGGCUACAGGGUUGGAAGGAUACAACGUUCAGGAUGUCAAAGACGUGCUGGGAGACAUGACCAAAGAGAUGCUGGGAACCCUACAGGCUGAAUUCACAGAGAAGCUGAGAGUCCAGGAGGAGAGUUUCAGUACCAGACUAGAACCACUGAAACAUUCUGCCUGCAAACAGCUACAACACACCUCAUAGUAUAACAUAUCCACUAUGAACACAAUACACCUCAUAGUAUAACAUAUCCACUAUGAACACAAUACACCUCAUAGUAUAACAUAUCCACUAUGAACACAAUACACCACAGUCUAUAACAUAUCCACUAUGAACACAAUACACCUCAUAGUAUAACAUAUCCACUAUGAACACAAUACACCACACAGUCUAUAAUAUAUCCACAAUACACCAGUCUAUAACAUAUCCACUAUGAACACAAUACACCACACAGUCUAUAAUAUAUCCACUAUGAACACAAUACACCACAGUCUAUAAUAUAUCCACAAUACACCACACAGUCUAUAACAUAUCCAC